AUGGAUGACAACCUAGCCUGGGCUGCAGCUAUCCCCGGUGCCUACAACGCCGAUCCUCCGCUAACCAACCCUAUGGACUUGGAUCAACUGCCAUUCGACAUUGAUCCCGCGAUGGUGUCAGAAAUGUCCCUGUUCACUCCAGAAUGGACCCAGCCUGUCGCUCCGGCCGUCCCGCCAAUGCCUCCUCACGGAUCGAUAUCUGGGGAUUUACCGGAGUCGCAAAUCAACACCAAUGACCUAUUCACCCAGCCAUUUGAUUACAACUUCCCUCAUCAGAUACAAAGAGACGACCACGGCCACCGCAGCUUGUUCCGAAAAUUCCAAAAUGACACCACUGAGUCUCCUCAACCACUUACGGUAUCGGCGCGAUCUCCCGACAAUAAUAGCGAUAUCAGUCAUUUGGAUGAUCCGCUGCAGGCACUACAUCAUGAGCUCAGCCCGUUGACCACCACCACAUCGCAUACGCCAUCCCUCAGCUCAAUGCAUUCAGCGCAACCGCUGUUCUUCCUGGCACAACAGUAUUUCAGUCGCAACUCAAUGGAAACUGGGCUGCUUGCUGGUCUGACUAACGAGUACUUUGCUCGACCACUGUUAGAUCUGGGGAAGCUGGUUCGAAGUUUUAAUGGUGGGCCCAUGCUGAGAUACCAACUGUUUCUGUUCCUGAACAUUAUUCCGUUUAUGGGUGAACGUAAUCAACAGCAACAGCCAUCCGAAGAGUUCUUCAGUCAGCCGGUCAUGCCACCUGAGCAAUUGAACCAACAACGUCAUCUGAUACGCAAUAUCUUCAACAAGGCGCCUCCUCCUGCACAGUCUCAGCCUCCCGAAGAAGACUUAGCCAUGGUCGAUAUUGCCAAUGUUGACGACUCCAAGGUGAAAAAGCCAAAACGCAGUAUCUUCAUGAGAUUCAAAGCCCUGAAUGCUGCUACCAAGGAAGGAGCGCCGCUGGAAGAAGUGAUUGACGAAGAAGAUGAGCCAAUGGUCACCGAGUGUGAAUCAAACGAGGCACCUGAUUAUGGGGCGCUUUUUGAGAACGUGCUCAAACGUAAGGGCAAACCGCUGAAGCCACGUAAGACUGAUGAAGGCAGUGGCGGUGAUGUAAGCGAACAACAUUCACUACAUGAAGCUGUCACCAAUGCCCUGGGACUGCUGGUGGGACAGCAGUCGCAAAAUACGCACGGCCUGGGGCCAGCGCCGACCCUGGCGGCGGCGCUGGUGAUACUGGGUGAGAGUUACGAGGAUGCUAUUCCUCAGCCCGAAGGUGCAUUCGCCGCUGGCAAGCGGAUAUUGGGCGCGAAACUCAUCAAUCGGAAGAAAGCUGUGCCGCCGAACGUUUCCAAUGGUGCAGCUGUGACUUUGAUCGAUGGCUUUUCAGUGGCCCCUACUGCAAACGGCAAGCCAGUUGCGACGAUGAUUUCAAAGGGGGUCGAAGUGGAGGUUGAUUUGAAGCUGUUGGAUCUUCCCCCUGAUACUCAAAUUUUCCCCACUAACGUUAUCAACCAGAAGAACCGAACUCGUGGUCGUAAAGAAAACAAAGAAGCCGAUUUAGCGGAUGCGCUGAAAGUAUAUUUGUGCAAUUACUGCCUGCGACGGUUCAAGAGACAGGAGCAUUUGAAGCGACAUUUCCGUUCGCUCCACACAUUUGAGAAACCCUACGAUUGUCCAAUGUGCCACAAAAAAUUCCUGCGGCAGGACAAUUUGAACCAGCACUUGAAAACCCACAAGGGUGACAACGCGGACGAAGAUAAUGUGAUUGAGGAAUGA